AUGGCCAAUGGCGAUGGCGAGCGGAGCGGUGAGCAACUUGGUGGGAAGCCGUGGACGGCAGAGAGGCUCGACGUGCUGGAGGAAGGGAUGCAGCAAUACCAGUCAGGGGACAUCAACAUUGCUGGCAUCAUUUCUCAGAUCUACCUCUUUUAUAUGAUGAUGGACUUCAAGUCACCUCCUUCUAGCGACCUCUUUGAGGAUAUUGUCUGUGACAUCCAGAAAUAUCCAGUAGCAGUAAUUGGAGGACCUGAUACUGAUGUAUGUCUUCACAUGGCCAUCAUUCUUCACAUCUACAAGUUUCCUCAGGUAACAUAUGGCUCUGCUCCAACGACAAAUAAGGACAAACAGGCUGGUUUCUACCACCAAAUGUUUCCAAAUAUGGACCAUCAGUAUAAGGGAAUUCUUCAGCUACUGCAGCAUUUUGAGUGGACAUGGAUUGGGGGCUUGUUUGUGAGCAAUGACAAUGGGGAGAAGUUUGUACAAGAUGUGGUCCGGCCACUUUCUCUGUGUAACAAUUACUGCCAUUUGGGUUCCGCCAAGACCAGAAUAGAAGGGAAGCCAUUUUGCUGUUAUGAUUGUCUUCGCUGUCCAGAAGGGAAGAUUUCCAAUCUGAUAGAUAUGGAUGACUGUUUUCCAUGUCCAGAAGAUGAAUAUGCAAACAAGGGUCAGAAUUCAUGCCUUCCAAAAGUUGUAACAUUCCUGACUUACACGGAAACAUUGGGGACUCUCUUGGCCAUUUCUUCUCUCUUGUCUUCUUGUAUCCUUUUGUUGGUUCUGGGCAUCUUCAUUAAGUACCAGGACACUCCCAUUGUCAAGGCCAACAACCGAAACCUCACCUACAUCCUUCUCAUUUCCCUCCUGCUUUCAUUCCUUUGUGCUUUACUAUUUAUUGGCAAACCCAAUAAAACAACAUGUCUUCUCAGACAAAGUGCCUUUGGAAUCAUAUUUACUGUAGCUGUAUCAUGCGUGUUAGCAAAAACCAUCACUGUGAUCUUAGCUUUCAUGGCCACCAAACCAAAGUCUGCCAUGAGGAAAUGGAUGGGGAAGAGAUUGGCUAUUUCCAUUGUCCUUUUCUGCUCCUUCAUUCAAGUCAUUCUUUGUACCGUCUGGCUGUUGACCUUUCCUCCGUUCCCUGACUUCAACAUGGACUUAAUGGCAGAAGAAAUUGUUCUGGAAUGUAAUGAAGGCUCCUUUGUCAUGUUCUACUGUGUCCUGGGCUUUAUGGGCCUCCUAGCCCUUGUCAGCUUCAGUGUAGCUUUCUUUGCCCGGAAACUACCGGACACUUUUAAUGAAGCCAAAUAUAUCACCUUCAGCAUGUUGAUCUUUUCCAGUGUUUGGCUCUCCUUUGUUCCAAGCUAUCUGACCACAGGGGGCAAACAUAUGGUGGCUGUGGAGAUUUUCUCCAUCAUAACGUCCAGUGCGGGGCUCCUUGUAUGCAUCUUUUUCCCUAAAUGCUAUAUCAUUAUACUGAGGCCUGAACUGAAUAGCAAGCAGCAACUAAGACAAAGGUGA